UUUAGAAUUAAAGGUCCCUUCUUUUCUAAGUUUUCUACACUGGGAGGGAAAUUUGGCAAUUUCCCUUCUGUUUCCCCCAUUAAUGCUUGGGUUUUAAGUUCUAACAUGCCCUUGUAGUCUUGUGGGAAAAUUCGUCUUUAGAUCUGGGGAAAAACAAAGUAUGAACCCAGCUCAGUCUCAGACUGUAGGCGUUAAUGGAGUUGGAGAUUCACAUGCUUCAUCUUCAUCUUCUUCUUCUUAUUCACAGGUUUUGUUCAAUUGUUCCCUCGGUGAUGUGGGCAAUGGGAGACCAUCUAAUGAUGAAGUUAAUGGGGCAGGACCAAGCAUUAGGAAGGCUGAUCUUUCUCUUCUAAUACCACCUAGACCAGUAAGUUUUGGAGCUAGCCGAUUUGGGAAAGGAUUGCCGAACUCUCAAACUGCUAGCUCGUCGUCAUCAUCAUCGGGAGGAGGCUUUCUGAGGGCAUUAAGCUUCAAGAAGAGAAAUGGCGGAGGGUCUGUGGGUGAGAGGAGCUCUCUGCUCAACUCAGAAACCUAUUCACAACAACCUCCAGUUAGUCCUAUUAUAGCCAAUCUCAAAUCUGCAUUUUCCAGAUGCACAUCACUUCCACCCGCUUCAGCUUUGUCUCCCACAGUCUCAGUUCAAACUCCUGUUUCAGCUCGAUUGCCCGGUGAAAUUCGUGAAUCGGAGAAAGUUGUAGUUUCAAGGUCUCUUUCUGUUCCGGGGCGAAACUUUGUCAUUGUACGGUCUACCUCCUUUGCUACUCCCAGACAGCAAACCACUGGUGACUCUUCUAACGCAUUUUAUAAACUUGCAGCACAAAUAACUACGGAGUCCAAUGAGGAAGACGAUGAUGAACACAUCCCAGAAGAGGAAGCAGUAUGCAGGAUCUGUCUUGAUGCGUGCGAAGAAGGAAACACGCUCAAAAUGGAAUGUGGGUGCAAGGGUGACCUCCGACUUGUUCACGAAUCAUGUGCCAUCAAGUGGUUCAGCACCAAAGGUAACAAGAACUGUGAAGUCUGUUGUCAGGAAGUCAAGAACUUACCUGUGAUCUUGUUCCGUGUAACAAGCUACGCCCAGUUCAAUGGCAGGCAGCCACCUGGUGGUAGCCAGAGCUUGAGGGCUCAACAAAUAAGUGCUUGGCAGGAUUUUGUUGUGCUCGUCUUGAUUAGCACGAUAUGCUACUUCUUCUUCCUCGAGCAAUUACUGAUCCGGGACAUGAAGACACAAGCAAUCGUAAUCGCUGCACCAUUUGCAUUUGCUUUAGGCGUCAUGGCAUCGAUAUUUGCAGUCAUCCUAGCCAUCAGGGAAUUCAUAUGGACAUACGCCGCACUCGAGUUUGCGCUGGUGGCUGUGACCGUGCACAUUUUCUACUCCGUUCUCGAUCUGGAUGCUAUCUAUGCGAUACUUCUAGCAGCAGUUUUCGGGUUUGCUGCGGCCAUGAGCCUCAACUCGUUGUACGUUCAGUACUUCGUCUGGCGAGCUGGGGCUGCUCGGAAUGCUGUGCUCAAUGCUCCCCCUGUGUGACUUGGAACUGAAAUUUGCGGGGCUAAAAUCUGAUAUGAAGUGGCUGGUGAUAACUGGCAAGAGGCAGUUGUUUGUGUUAUUGUGUAUAGUCCUUCUUACUGGAGUUCCAAGAUUCCAGGCUGCGAAAAUGGAAAUAGUAGGCAAAUGGCACCACAAUAGUAAGUUUGGAUCGAUGUAGUGUUAACUAACUGGCCUAUGGAAUGGGCCGAUCUGCAAGAAUUAUGGGCUUGUUGGCUGAAUUGGGCCAAUUGAAUCCGCUCCUACAAUUUGACAAAUGGCAAGGAAAUCUGAGCCCUGAGGUAUUAAGGCAAAACCAUGUCAAAAUCCUUCUCAAUUAUCAUAUCAUAAAAAAAUUAAGAAUCAUUAGAUAAAUUUGGAGGGACUAAUAGUUUCAAG